GUCGUAAAGUCUAUAAGUUUUUCUAGUUAUCUGUUACCAACUUACUUCAAGCUUGGCAUCUCUUGAGUAGUAGAUUUCCAGAAGUAUUGAAGAGACUAUUAUCAGUCCAGUUGUUUAUAGCUGUUUAUAGCUCUUUGUGAUUCCAUACUAAUUGGGUAGGUUCUAUGUUAUACUGUUUGGAUAUCAACAACAACACUCCAUAACAAAAACAUUAGUUACAAUGUUAGAAAAGACGAAUUCCUGAUGGUCUGUGCAUUUUGGUAACAGGCAGGUAAUCUUUUUAGAGACUCAAUAACACGCCUUAAAACUAGCCGUCAACUACAUGCUAAACCAAUAAGAGCAAUGUAGGUGGCAAAGAUGUGUAUCAAUCAGAGAGAAGCCAUUUCUAGAACUAGCAUAUUGAGAAGAGGGGUUAUGAGUGAAUGAUGCGAUCGAUUCUUGAUGGUUAUGAUUCACAGUCACACCCUCGUCAUCGCCCCCUUUUUAUGACACAAGAGCUGUACUCUUGUAGCAUAAGUUUCGAGGAGGCCCCAAUAUAAAGAUCUUGCGACCUUCGCUACCGCCGGUUGUUGACCAAGUUUUGUUUCAUUAGAUACAUCUGCAUCGGAAAUAGCAUACGAACCUGAAUUGAACAACUGGCCUAUAUCUCAUAAUGCCUUCCACUGGUGACCCUGCACAAAUCUCCGGUACCAAGAUUGAGCCUCUCAAGUCGGAAGUCAAGUACAACACACCUCGCGACCAGGAGGACCGCGGCUCGUCUGGUACCAACCGCACCAUAGAUCAAUCUAGGAUUGAUCCCCUCGGAGGGAAAGGUCAACACCAGCACACGGCUCCACAUGCCGACAGCCAAGGGGUAGUUGGCACGGCCGAAGGACUCGGUCAAACGAAGAUUGAGCCAUUGAAGAAAAAACGGAAUGAAUCACAUUCUCCAAGGACAGGGUUGGACGAUGAGGCAAUUGAUGGUGCAAGAAUCCAUCCGCUUGGUGAAGUGCGGGAGUAGUAGGGGAGCGGAUAUUCAUCGCCAAUAUUAUUGUGUUCAUAAUACUGAAUAAUUAGAAAAGUGACUUGAGAAAAGUAGAAAGAUUAUGUUAGGUACCUACCUAACCUAACGUUCGUGAAAGAGCGAUUGAGGCAAAAGCACUUUGACGGAAAAGAUGAUUUCAAGAGAUGGAAAUGAAUUAUGUAUAUAUGUAUUUAACCGCAAUAAUCUAAAC